AUGAGCAAUUCACAAACUGAAAACAAAGCGGCGUCUGAAUCAUUAUCUGAUACUACGAAAUCGUCCAUCAAGGCCCUAGUCCAGGAGCUCCUUGGGAAAUGCAAAACCCCAUUCAAAAACCUUCUGUUCGAUGGGGAAUUAUACAAUGAUUGCAAGGAAGUUUUAAGCUCCAAAUUCCAUUUGCCAUUGUCUCUCUAUCCCUACUUGGAGAAAUAUCUCUCUGUCGGGGUCGAGUUUACCUUCACGUGUUACUCGCAUCUUCCGAAACAUAACCAAAUGUUUGUUGUCAUUUAUGGGGUACUUACUGUGGUGCUGGAUGAUGUUUUCUGUGAGAACAACAAACAGAUGGAAGGUUUCAAUGAACGAUUUGCAAGAGGACUCCCACAGGGCGAUCCCAUCCUUGAUGCUCUAGCCCAACUUCUUCUGGAUGCUUCCGAGUAUUAUAACCGAGUACAGUCCAACUUGAUUGUAACAUCGACGUUGGAUUUUGUAACUUCUUUGAUAAUGGACUUGGAAUUUCGGAAGAUCGCAAGCUUCAAGGCACCCGGUUUUGCGACUUACUGGCGGUUGAAUAUGUCCAGUGCCUGUGUCGCCUACGCGAUGGUGAUAUUCUCGAAGGACAUCGAUGUUGCAUUGUAUAUGCAAUGUUUACCUCACCUGGUAGUCUAUAUGCUUGGCGUGAAUGACGUACUUUCGCUUUACAAAGAAGAGGUCGCGGGAGAAGAAGACAACUUUCCGACUAUGCUCGUGAAAGAAUCUGGAGUCACGAAAUAUGAGGCUAUCCAACACAUCGUUAACGAUGUUGCUGAAGCCGACCAACACAUCUUGAAAGGACUGGCUGACAACCAGCCAGCUUUGGACAGUUGGCAGAGUUUCAAAAGAGGAUAUGUCCCCUUCCAUUUCUCAUGCCCCCGCUACAAGUUGGACGAGUUGUUUGAAGGUCGUGUUAUUAACUAG